ACUUUCCUCGCGCUUCCCAUUCAUGCAGUUUGGUUGAGCGUUGGUGUAUUUUACUGUUUGCAAUAAAGAAGGGGGGAAUUAUUAUUAUUAUUAUUAUUUUUAAUUGCAAAAAAAAAAAAAAAAAGGUUCAGGGUGCUGGGGUUUUUUUUUUGUUGUCUGUGUGUUUUGUUUUUUUGCUGCUGCCGUUGCAAUUCGCUCGGGGUGUUUUUAUACAGUUUUGCAAAGAAAGAGGAAAAAAAAAAGACUUUUUUUGUGUUUUUGUUUUUUUUUUAAACAAAAAAAAAAGAAGCAGCCAGCCUACCAACCAACCAAAAUCAGGCCUUUUCUUUUUUUAAAAAAAGCGGGUUUGUUUUUCGCGCGGUGCUUUGAUUUUAUUUUAUUUUUCCCUUUCCUUUUUCUCCCCCCCCCUUUUUUUUUUCAUCUUUUGCAUUUCUUUCGAGGGGAGGGCGGCCGCCUUUUUUCCCCUCCUCCUCCCCCUUUUUUUUUUUUUUUUUUGCAAAGAUCUGCAUCUCUUUUCUGAUCGGCGACCAACUGUUUCCCAAAGGCUCAACUAUGCCCAAAAGAAAGGCUGCAGCUGAAGGUGAAAUAAAGGAGGAGCCAAAGAGACGAUCGGCUAGACUGUCUGCUGUGAGUAAGCCUGCUCCACCCAAACCAGAGCCAAAGCCGAAAAAGGCGCCGCCGAAGAAAGAAAAAGGGGGAAAUGACAAGAAAGAUGACAAAAAGGUAGCAACAAAAGGGAAGAAAGGAGCCAAAGGAAAAGAUGAAACUAAGCAAGAAGAUGCUAAAGAAGAAAACCACUCUGAGAACGGAGAUACCAAAACUAACGAGGCACCAGCUGCUGAAGUAUCUGAUGUCAAGGAAGCCAAGUCCGAGUAACAGAUUAUAAACCCUCUUCAUUUCCAUCAUUUGGUAUUCGUACCUCCAUACUGUAUUGUUAAGAGAGGAAUAUUUUUAUCAACUAUUUUAUAAAUGCAGGUUUUUUUAGCAUGAAUUUAAUCAUGGAACAUCUUCAUCUCGGUUACUUGGACUUCAAAACCAACCAACCAACCAACCAACAACAACAAAAAAAAAUCAUUGUUUUUAAAAUUUUGUGAUUGUCAUAGUUUGUAUGGUACCCGGAAAGAAUCAGUGGUGGUAGCUAUUGACUUCUAUCAGUAUAUAAUCCCUUUGUGUGUCAGUCAUACGGAAUUCAGAUUUUAAUUUUACCCUUGUUGUGUGUUGUAUGGUUUCUUAACGUGGGGAGGUCUAAAACAAAAAUACCACACAAAAAACCACAAUUGCGUCAGACAUUCCGGUGGUUCUGUUACUUGCUUUUAUAAAGAAGGUGAGAUAUUUUCAUGAAAAAUCUUAAGAAGCUGGAAACUUGUUGUAUCCCAAAUGUAGUUUUAUUUUGUCACAUUUUGGAGAAUAAUAUUAAAAUAUGUAAUCAUGUUUUUAAAUGAAAUACAAAAAAAAAAACUUUUAAAAAAGAGAAAAGGACAGGUUUGACUGAAUAUACCCACUGUUAGGAAUUUUGCUGGAUUUAUCUUAAUAAAAUGUCUCCUCAAAAGA